AUGACAGCUAACAUAUUAUCAAUCUCGCUAUCUCUUCUUUGUUUCUUGAGCUCAGCUUUUCUUGUUAUUCUUCCAUCCCAUGGCCAAAACUCACCACAGGACUGCCUUAACGUUCACAACGCCGCCCGCAGUAAAGUGGGAGUCGGGCCAAUGACCUGGGACAACACAGUUGCUGCAUACGCCCUAAACUAUGCCAAUCAAAGAAAAGGUGACUGCAAUCUUAUACAUUCGAACACGGACUAUGGAGAGAAUCUUGCAAAGGGAUAUGGAAACUUCAGCGGUGCUGAAGCAGCCAGCUUGUGGGUUGCGGAGAAGCCUUACUACGAUUAUCACCAGGACGCGUGCGUGGGAGGACGAGAGUGUUUGCAUUACACGCAGGUGGUGUGGCGGGAUUCGGUCCGAGUAGGGUGUGCUCGGGUUCAAUGCCUCAACAAAUUAUGGUGGUUCGUCAUCUGCAACUACGAUCCUACUGGCAACUAUGUAGGAGAACGUCCUUACCAUCGAGCUUUGGACUACGUAGUUUCAGUAAAUCAUCAGAAAUAA